GCUACUCUUUUCUUUUUUCUUUUUUUGUCCUAACUAUACUAAUCUUAUACAUAUACACAUAUUCAUUAUUUUAAAUCUAUAUAUACACAUACAAGCACAUAAAUGUCUGCUAGAAUUAUUGCACAAAUUGUUGUCUCAUUAGGUUCUGUUGUGACCAGAGCAUUCGUUGCAGCCUAUAAACAAGCCGCAGCAAAUGCUGCAAAGAAUGGAGGAGCAGCAGCAGCAGCAGCAGGUUCUAGUGGAAGGACCGGUACUAAAGAAGCUGUCUUGGAUGCCUUAACUCGUAAAACAGGAAUGUCAAUAGAGGAGGCUUGUCAAAUAUUAAAUGUGACAAAAGAUGCAGAUAUUCAAAAACUAACAAAGAAUUAUGACCAUUUAUUUUCUGCUAAUGAUCCAGCAAAAGGAGGUUCAUUUUAUAUUCAAUCAAAAGUAGUAAGAGCUAAAGAGAGAAUUGAUAUGGAAUUAAAGGCAAAAGCAACCGAAGAAGCGGCGGCAGCGGCAACCAAAGCAGCUGAAAAUACAACUCAUCCACCACCACCACCUUCUUCUUAGAUUUAAUAUAGAAUAUUUAGAUUUAUAAGUAUGUGUAUUUUUAAAUAAAAGCAAAGGAAAAAAAAAAGUCAUUUAUUAUGCUCUACAAGAUCCAAAAGCUAUGUAAUCAUUGUUAAGAAAGAAGAAGGAUAUUUAUAUUGUAUGUUAUUUUUACUUACCAGGGAAUCCACAUACAGAGCCAGCAAUGAAAUAAGCGAUUAACUAAGAGAUAUAAAUGGAAUUAGAAAAAAAAAAGUGUUUACUAAUAAACGUUUGUUUACUUUACAAAGCAAACUAAGCAAAUCAUAG